AUGCUGGAGCGCAGAAGGAAGACUCUGCGAGAGAACGUGGCUGAAGAAGAGGCUGACCAGGAGGUGGAAGUGCUGAAGGGAGGGCAGAUGAAGGCCCUGGAAGAUAAGAGGCCAGAAGAAGAUCAAAUGGCGCUGAGGGGAAAGGGAACACCAAGCCAAGGAGGUGAAUUCCUGAAGACGCCCUCACAGCCAACCCUGGAAGAUGACAUGGGGAGAACUCCACGGCAGGAGGAAACCCCCGCAAAGGAGUGGAAGACUCCGAAGACCCCGGUUGAGACACCCCGGCAAGCAGAACCCCCGACAAGCUCCACAAGAGAAAGGGAAGAGAGAGGAGGAAGAACGGCAUCGGCAGCCCAGACCCCCUUUCACAGACCCUCAGGAGCACCUGAGACCAGCCCCCAAUGGCCUGGGGGACCCAAGACCAGCCCGACCACGCUCCGACCAGCCAACCAGCCAGAACCCCAACCGCUGUUCGACGAUGAGCAGUUGAGGAGAUAUGAAGAGUUGCGGAGACAGGCACCGAUGCAGAACCCGCCCCAAGUCCAACAGAGGACACUUGAGGAGAUGCGACCUGAAACUCUGAGAGAGGAGGAGUUGAAAAGGUUGAGAAAAAGAGAAGAAGAAUUGGAGAUGGAGAGGACCAUGCUCCUGAGAGAAAGAGAAGAGUUGCAGAGACUGCUGCAACAGAAAGAAAGAGAAAAGAGCCGAGAGAGGCAUGAGGAGGAGUUGCAGAGACUGCUGCAACACAAACAAAGAGACGAGAGCCGAGAGAGGCAUGAGGAGGAGUUGCAGAGACUGCUGCAACACAAAGGAAGAGAUGAAGGCCGAGAGAGGCAUGAUGAGAGGCGCCAGAACGCCAUAGAAGAUGAAGAUGUCCAGUAUAGGACCCCUGAAGAAGAAAGCCAGACAGCCAAGAAGCUGUUUCAAGACGAGCUUGAGGAGGCUGACAGACCCCCAAAGCCCGAGGCUGAAAGACCCCCAACGGCCAGAGAGGCCACAAGACCCCUGAAGACAGAAGCUGCAGGUUCCUCAAGGCAAGAGGAGACCCCAGGAACGUUGCAGCUGAUGGCAAUGAUGAUGCACACAAUGACAGAGAUGCAGAAGAAGAUGCUCUCCAAGGAUGGAGGAAAAGAAGGAGAGGGGGGAGAAGCAGAGUACGUCAGAAGCCACCCCGAAGUGCCAAGACUGACGGACUGGAACCCCUCGACAGGUCCGAUAGACCUGAACGAUUGGUUGGCGUUGAUUGAGCCAAUCAUGGCAGACCUCACAGCCACCUCACACGACUGGUGGGACAGGCUGCUGAAAGAAGCAAGACAGUGGUACCAAGACCACAUGGCUCUGAGUCCAAUGGACAGGCUGACACACGAGCCACAGCCUUCCAAAGACUUGGACCAGCCCAAGUGGAUCCGCCUAGAAAGAAGGGCGUCCACAUUGCUCAUGAUGAGCAUCCCUGAAGCCCAGAAAGAGGAGCUAGUGUCGACGAAGAGGAUCACAGCUCUGAAGAUCAUCUGCCACCUCUUCACGACCUUUCAGCCUGGAGGAUUGGCUGAGAAGGAGGUCAUCCUCAGGUCGUUGGAGAUGCCACAGGAAGCAGCAACAGUGGCAGAAGCAGUGAGUUCACUGAGGAAGUGGAUGAGAUGGAGGAGACGAGCAAUGGAGCUUCAGGUGAGCGAGCCUGAUCCCUUCCUCUUGCUCAAAGGCUUGGGACGCAUCGUCCGCCGACCUUUGGAAGCCAACAGAGAGCUGAAUUUCAGGAUCAGCUUGGCCAGGUCGAUGCUCCAGGUCGACUCGAUCCCCACGAAAGACACAGUGGGAAAGUUCUCGACCCACCUCUUGGCUGAGAUGGAGCAGAUAGCACACCUUGAAGGCAGCAAGAAGAGCACCAGCAAGGACACGCAGAAGCAAGCACAGCCAGAGGUGAAGGUCAGGAAGAUUGAAGAAGGAGGAAAAGGUGAAGGUAAGUCAGGGAAAGGUGAGAGAGCCCCCUGCAAGUUCUUCAUCACGACAGAAGGAUGUCGCAAGGGAAAGGGUUGCAGAUGGGCCCACAACCUUGACGACCAGAAGAGAUGCUGGAAUUGCGGCUCGACGCAACACUACGCACCAGCGUGUGACAGACCCCGAGAACCCAACAAAGAGGGAAGUCCGGAAAAAAGCGGAAAACCCUGGGAGGGGAAAGACAUGAAGCCGACGGCAAAGGUGGUGAAGAAAGAGGAAGCCACCAAGAAAGAAGAGGUAGCCAAGGAAGGCUCCAACGAAGGAGACAGCAGUGAAGCCAUGAAGGGACUGCUGGAAGAGGCCAACAAGAUGUUGAAGGCCUUGCAACAAGGAAAGAAUGAAGAAGACGAAGGGAAGGAGGUCAGGCUGCAAAAGUUGCAGAAGCAGCUUGAUGAACUCAAGACCCUGAAGGUCUUCAGGAUCUCCAAGAUCCACACAGAAGAAGGAGACUAUGGUCUUUUAGACUCUGGCGCGACGCACGCCUUGAGAGGAAGACAGCCAGGAGAAUCACUCAAGGACUUGACAGAGGUCCGAGUGACGUUGGCCUGUGGUAGAGACGCCACACUGAAGAUGACAAGAGGAGGAACAAUGAUUGGCCAACAUGAGGAGACACAGCCAAUCGUUCCACUUGGAAAGAUGGUCAGCCAGCUCGGCUGUACGGUGGAAUGGGAUGAGGGAGGCCUUGUCGUGGUUCACCCAGAGAGGGGAAGACUGGCCACAACACAAAGAGGAGGAUGCCCUCAUAUCCCAAGACCACUGGCCCUAGACAUCAUCCAGGAGCUUGAGGAGAAGUCUGGAUGGAUGAAGAAGAUGAAGAUCAAAGAAGAAGACGGAGAAGAUGUCUUGAAGAAGAUGGUGGCCGUUCAUCCGGUCUUCAGAGACCUGCCAGAGGAGGUAAAGAAGGAACUGGUGGUGAUGCCAUCAAAGGAUUUGACAGCCCUUCCAGGGAUGAACCGUAGACAAAGACGGAAGAUCCAAAGGGAAGGAGCCACUCUGCACCUGUUUGCGGGGGAGGACGACGGAUUCACCCUGGGCCAGGCAGUGAAGAGUGCAGGCGGCGAUGUCCAGACUUUGAUAGAGCUGGAUCAGAAGAGAGGACCUGGGCAUGACCUGAUGAGCUCAGAUCCGUAUGCCACACUGUUGAGGUUGGCAUUUGACAACAGGACGCUGCUGUUGUACGUCCUGGCAGUCCACGUCGAGAAGACAAAGGACGAAGAAGAAAAAGAAGAAGGCAUCAAGAGAGACGCCAAGACAGAAGAACAGAAGACAGGAGGAGAGGGAUGGAAGAAGAUCAUCCUGGCUCUCGAGCAGCCGAGUGCUCCUGAGUACCUCCCAAAGACGGUCUCCUUCUGGUGGACGGACCAGUGGAGAAAGAUGAAAGAGAUGUACGAUCUGCAAGAGAUCAAGUUCAACCAGGGAGACUGGAAAGGAGAAGAAGGCGGCAAAGGCUGCAUAAAGCCCACAACGAUCGGCGGGAACGUCGAGAUCAAGGUUCCAGAAGAGAGGAACCCAGAAGCCAAAGGAAGAUCCCAAGACAGGGUCCAAGACUCAAAGAGCCUGAGCCGAUGGGUGCCGGGUUUGAUGAAAGAGCUGGCGAAGGAAGUGGUCAAGAAGUGCCAAGAAAGACCCGUCCAGCUAAGGCCCAUGUCAUGGGAACAACAUGUGAAGCAUGGACACGUCCCGUUUAGAAGAGACUGCAAGAUAUGCCAGCAGUCUGGGGCUAAGUCCGCUCCACACCGGCGCUUGAACGCCAAGAAAGGACAAUUCCCAAGAGCGGGAGUAUUGUCGGUGGACACCACAGGCCCACUAGUGAAGGGUGAGGACCUGAUGGGAAACAAGAUGAGAUUCCUUCUGGUGGGUGCGUACACAUGGCUUGCACCGAAGGAUUCACCUCUAGAAGACAAAAGGAACGAGAGAGUUCCAGAAGAGGAGGUGGAUGCGAUCGAAGGGCUGAGGAUCGAUGACAGUGAAGGAGAGGCUGAUGAUGAAGCAGAACACACAGAGGAGGAUCCCCAACAAGACCCCCCUGGUAACCCUGAGGAGCCCCAAGGUGGUGAGAGAGCCAUCAACCCCCAGGAGCCACAAGAAGCAGCCAAGGAGGAGGUGGAUCAGCCAGAGGACUUUGAAAUCAAGAUUUUCAGACUGGUGACUCCCUUGCCCUCGAAGGCGGGGGGAGUAGUCCUCCAAGCAGUCAUCGACAUGUGUGGACUGAAGCAGAAAUUUCCACCACUGGGAGCUGAAGUCCUGGUCAAGAAGAGAAGGUGGAACGCGCAACAGUUCCUGCCAACAAUGGACCGAGUGACAUACAUCGCUCCAUGUUGGGAAGGUCACGGUCACUGGGUGAAGCAAGAAGAUGGGACGACCAUCGUAGCCCGGUUCUGCAUAGCUGAUGUGUGGAACCCCGUGACAGACCACUCGUGGCUGGCAGUCAUGACAGAGAUGCCAGAUCCACUUGAAGAAAGAAGAUUGAGGAGAAAGACGCCACCAGAGUUGGCAAAGAUGGAGGUUCAAGAAGACGAACCAGGGGAAGAGGGGAGAGACCCUGAACCCAGAAGAAGAUCAAGACUUUUGCAGCUGAUCAUGGAGGAGAUGACAGCUCUGAUGGAAGACCCCUCAGAAGAGGCCCUGAAGACGACGAUGCAGUCUGUGGCCAAACUCCGAAUGAUGAUGGAGACGGGCACGAGUGAAGACGUUCUGCAGACGAGGAUCGUGGGCCUGGGGGAGGUGAUGAAAGACCUUGAAGGAUGGAAGAAGCCCAUCGAAGAAGAACUGAAGUCUUUGGUGGAAGACAAGAUGGCCCUUGAAGCCAUUUCCAAGGAGGAGGUGGAGAAGAUGUUCAGGGAGGCACACGCCGAAGGAAGAAAGCUGGAGGUGGUGCCAGGAAAGCUGGUGACGGUGGUGAAGCCCGCACCAGAAGGAGGAAAGAAGAAAGCCAGAAUAGUGGCGUGUGGAAACUUCACGGCGAAAGAUGCCCAGGACGAACUGUACGCGUCCACUGGUGAUGCAGUGACUUUGAGGAUCAUGAUGAACUUAGCAUCAGAAAACCAGUGGGACGGAGUCACGUUGGACAUCCGUACAGCGUUCCUCAACACACCAUGGGAAGACAUGGAUGUGUUGGUGAAGCCACCCCACUUGCUGAUCAGGAUGAAGCUGGUCGAAGAAGGCACGCUGUGGCGGCCGACGAAGGCCUUGUAUGGCUUCAGAAAGAGCCCAAGGUUGUGGGGAAACCACAGGGAUUCCACGAUGAGGAAGAUGGAAGUCCCACAUGAAGGGAAGCGACACAGAUUGACACAGCUGGUGUCGGAACCCAACCUCUGGAGGAUAGAUGAGGUGAAAGAUGAGGAUGAAGAAGAGGAGAAGCCGAAAGGGCCUCCAAAAGCCCUGAUGAUGGUCUACGUGGACGACUUGUUCGCCACAGGUCCAACACAGCUACUGAAGGCACUGACUGAGACCAUCAAGAAGGAAUGGAACACCUCAACUCCAGAGUGGAUCAACGAAGAUCCCACAAGAUUCCUCGGCAUGGGAAUCUCCAAGACCAAAGGAGAGGAUGGUCUUGAAGUCUGGGCAGCAUCCCAGCAGGACUAUGUCAAGGAGUUGCUGAGGAGGAACGUGGGGGAGGAUGAGAAGAAAUGGCCCAAGAGAAAGGUGCCAAUCUCCAAGGAUCCACCGGCUGAACACCAAGAGGAGCCAAAGGUGGAAGAAGUCAGGAAAGCCCAGAAGAUAGUGGGCGAAGCACUCUGGUUAGUCACGAGGACCAGACCAGACAUGAUGUACGCCUUGGCGAAGAUGGCCAGCCAAGUGCUGCAUCAACCCCAGUGGGUCGCAGAGAGCGCAUCCCAACUGUGGGGAUACAUGGCUGCCACGAUCCAUGAAGGGAUCACCUUUGAGAAAGGUCCAUCAUGGGAAGGAUGGGAAGAGCAGUCAGGGCUUGCUGUUUAUGCUGACGCAAGCUUCGCACCCUCAGGUGAAGAAAGUCACGGUUCAGUGAUUGUGACUCUGAGGGGAGCCCCGCUGCUAUGGAAGAGCUCAAGGCAGUCGACGGUCAGCCUUAGCACAGCGGAGGCAGAGCUGAACGAGCUCAUAGAAGGACUGAUGAUGGGGGAAAGUGUUGCAGCGAUUUUGGAGGAGCUGGAACCCCACAUCAUGAAGAUGAUGGCAUCAGACUCGCAGGCAGCGGUGAACAUCUGUCUGGCAGAAGGAGGAAGCUGGAGGACCAGACAUCUGCGCUUGAGAGCAGCGCAUGCCAAACAGAGAUUCACCAAAGGAGACUGGCUGCUGCGACAUUUGCCAGGCGAAGACAUGCUGGCAGACAUUGGGACGAAGAGCCUGACGUCAGCCAGGCUGGAAAAGCUCAAGAAGGGGCUUGGCAUGAAGAAGAUUGGAAAAGAUGAAGAAAAGAAUGAGGAGCCAGAAGAGAAGACGGCACCAGAAGAGGCAGAGAAGAUCAAGAAGAAGGAACAGGGGACCAGAGUCCCAAAAGAAGUAGAGAAGGCACUCCAGUGCGUGGCGUUGAUGAUCGCCAUUCAGGGAGCCAAAGCUCAAGAUGAUGAGGAGACCGAAGAAAGGGCAGAGAUGUUCCACAUUGAGCUAAUUCUGAUGUUUGCUCUUGUGGGAGUGGUCUCAGUGAUCCAGAGGAUCAUCCCUUGUCUGAUGGGCUGGCUUCGGAGAGACCGACAGCCUGAGGAAGAGCCCGCAGAAGAAGAAGGAAGCAGGGUGAGAGGAGCACCCACAAGACGCCAAGAAGAACAGGCGUUGAGGACCCCAGAGAGCAUCAGGAGGAGAAGGAGAGUGGAAGCCAGGGAUGAUGAAGACACAGAGGAGGAGACAGACCCAGGUGUUCCAUUCCCUCACGGAGAUCGUGAUGGGAACCUCUUCCUGAGGAAUUCGCCGGGCCCAAAAGCACCGCCAAGACAGCUGGCACACAUGUAUCCCAUCCCAAAGGGACAGCAGAAAGGCCAGCAAGCAGGCCAAGCAGGCACACAAGUAGGCCAAUUGGGCCUACAAGCAGGCCGACCGGGCCAACAGGCAGGCCAACAGAAAGGCCGCCCACAACAGGCAGCUAGCAGCAGCACAACACCGGUGCACAUGCUUGUGCCACCACCACCACCACCACAAGAGCCAGGCGCAGAGCCACCACGGCUGGUGGAAGAGUUCUUCCAAGGACUCGUACAAGAAGAACACUAG